AUGUUUACUUUGUUUGCUGCUGUACUGUAUGCUCCUUGCCACGCGCAGCAGCAGGAAGCAGCAGAGAAGGAAGAGGGAGCUGAGGGAGAGAAGGAGGAGGAAGAAGGAGAAGGUGAAGAGGAAGAGGAAGAAGAAGAAGAAUGCCCUGUGACAGCUCGAUGUCGAUUUGCUGACCCAGAGGGGGCGUCUGGAGCACUGGCGGCCCUUCAAGGUGCCGAGGUUCAAGGAGCUACUGUGGAGAUCGUGCUCCUGGAAGGUGAGGAAGAAGAAGCAUAUUGGGAAGAAACCAACAGGAAGCUUAAGGAAUUUUUUGAGAACCCCAAGGGCAAAGGAAAAAAGGGAAAGGAUAAGGGCAAAGGAAAGGGCAAGGGGAAGAAGGGCAAGCACAAGAGUGAGGAUUGUGGCCCAGCGUGCGACAGAGCGUUUAAGGGAGUGUAUUUUUCUAUCACCCCCAAGAAAGAAUCGGACUGGGUAGUGAAGAGAUUGUUUUGGCUGAAGUUUUUUACAUACUUGGCCGGAAGUGGUCCAUGUUCGCUAGCUAUGGUCAGUAUAGCUUGGAAACUGUUCUUUCAAUGGGGUCAAAACCUGCUUGCAAGUCAACGACGCUCCGAUUUUCUUGAAUUUGCAGUGGUCGGUUGGCGAACUUGA